GGCCUAGUUGCAAGGGCUUCUGAAACCCCCUUUUCUUCUUCCUUACAGCGACAAAAUGAACACCAGCAGUGUAGAGAACGUUACAUCCAGCUUUCCUGCUUCAACUUUCUCACUAUCAUCAAUGUCCAUCAACAUGAUCCUGGGUCUUCCUCUGAACGGUUACGUCAUUUGGCUGAUAUUGGGAGCUCCCAGGGAGACGAUGGCCUCAGACCUCUUUUCUCUUAACCUGGCUAUGUCUGAGCUCUUUUUUACUUUGUCUGGCAUAUGGAUUUGGAUUGUUAUGAAGUUCAAUUCGUUAUUUUUUCAGUCGGUCUUCCACUUCUCUCUCGGCCUCCUCUACACUGCUCGCCCUCUCUUCCAGUGCUGCAUCUGUGUCGAGUACUAUGUUGCUGUUAUCCACCCGGUCGUGUUCCUUCGAUUCAAACCCCUGAGAUACAGGGUGGCCUGUUGUUGUGUAGUCUGGCUGAUAAUUUUGCUUUCUUGCAUAUACAAUUUUUGCACCUCGUUGAUCCCGUUGUAUCUUUUUCUUUAUUUCAUCCAGACUCUGUUGCUCUUCUGUGUCAUGCUCUUCUGCUGCCUCUCAGUUCUCUGGGCUUUGAAACGCCCCGGGCCAGGAGAGAGAGACACAGGGAAGAAGAAGAGCAAUGCACAAAGAAAACGGUACAUGAACCAGAUCCAGAAUUUCCGCUCCCUUCUCUGGGUCCUGGCUCAUUUUAAAAUGGGACCGAGGCGAAGUGGGAAACUGUCCUGA